AAAAUGUAUGGGAAAUAAACACGAACCACGGUUUGACUUGAGUUUCGAUAUUUUUGUUUAAUACGUAUUUGGCGUUCAACUUGAUAACCACUUAACAUCCAAAAUAAUGGCAAAAAUCAAAAGCCAAUUUUCAUAUUUCACACGCAUUCAAAAAUAUGUAUUGAAACAUAUGAGCUUAAGGAAUAAUUUUUGGACAGAUGAUAAAUAUUCAUCGCUCUAUUGGAUAAGCGUAUUAAUCGGAUCAUUUGCUUUAUUAGUAUUUUUGUCGUACGACAUAGUCUUGAAAUGGUAUGAUUCUCCAGUGAACAGAUUUAAUAUUAAUGAACCACGGCACAUGUCUGAAAAUCCAUUUCCCGCAAUCACAAUUUGUCACAACGAUCCUAUUAGUUCAAACAUAAUGAAUUUAGCCUCCGUACUGAAAUGGGAGCGAAAAAACAAAACCGACGAAGAAUGGCAGACUCUGAACGUGGUAUAUGAUAUGUGUUCUUGGAAACAUAAUAUAUACAAGCUGGAAAAAAUAAAUCCGAAAAUUGUCUAUAAUGUACUAAAAGAAUUCUCAACUAAAUGCCAAGAUACUAUAAAGCAAAUUCGAUGGAAAGAUAAAAUCAUUGACAAUCCUUGCGAAAUCAUGCAGCCUAUAUUUUUAUUAAAUAAUUUAUGUUACAGUUUUAAUGCUCUACCAUAUCAUGAGAUGUAUAGACAAAUUCCAAACAAAUUAGAAGAUGUACUUCAGACAGGUAAGAAAUGGUCAAUUUUAACGAGUAACUGGAAUUCAGACGAUGGUUACAGUACUAAUAAUAAAAUAUCAAAUAAUAUACCAUGGAACAUGAAAUCGACAGCUUUUUGGAAUACUGUUGAGUUUAUAUUAGCACAAAAUGAUGCACAUUAUGGGUGUUCAAGUAAACAAGGAUUUACAGUUUAUUUUCAUAGUCCAUCAGACGUCCCAGAUUAUUCUCAUUCUUCUUUAAAACUUUCAAAAAGCAGUCAUAGCUUUGUUCAAAUAGUAACUCACUUGUCGUUGACCGACGAUGGUUUAAAAAGUUGGACACCUGAAGAACGAGGAUGUUAUUAUUUGAAUGAGAAGUGGCUUAGGCACAACUCAGUAUAUUCGUAUAUAAAUUGUUAUGUCGAAUGUCAGGUGAAUUAUACUGAGACUUUGUGUGGUUGCGCUCCGAUGUACAGAAUAAAUAGUUCUCUUCCCGUGUGUGGACCCAAAUCGAACGAAUGUCUAGCAAAUGCCGCAGUUCUUAUACAGAGAGCAUACCGUACAUGCAAAUGUUUGCCAUCCUGUACAGACAUUGAUUACGAGUUAUCUUAUUCUACAGUACCUAAAAACUUCAGCUAUAUAAAAGAAUCAUUAACAUUUUUGAACGACUCAACUGACAGCAAUAAUUUGGCCAGCAUUGAAGCAACAGUUAAUUUGGAACACACGUGGCCUUUGAGAAGGAACGCUAAAGAUACUAAUAUAGGCUACAUAGGUAAAAUUGCUGGACUGACGAAUUUGUGCCGUGGAGUGAGCCUGAUUUCAAUAUUGGAAACUUUGUAUUUCAUAUUUAUUAAUCCUUUUUUUCACUGAUAUAAAAAAUUUAUUCUCUAAUUUUUUGUUAUUUAAGUGGUAAACAUAAAAGAUUAAGAUAAACUUUUAAAAUAUUUAUAUGUUAUACGUUAUUCUUAUUAUAAUAAAUUGGUAAUUUAUACUAUAUUAUUCAUUUAUGUAUAAAAAUGUACAUACUGGAUGGUAUUAUAGGUGCAUAUCUCAAACGUUUUUUGUAGUAUAAAAUAUAUGAACUAUAACAGAAUUAUGGUUAUAGAGUAAAUAAUAAUUGUUGUAACAAACUACCGACGAAAAAAUUAAUUUCUGAGUUAUAAGUUAAGAGCAACAGAACUUUUUAAUAAUAUUCAAUUGUGUUUGUGAGAGUAUGUAAAUAAAUGAUUUAUCCUCCACAGUGUACAAUGGUUAGCUUUAGGGCCUAUCGACUAUCGUUAGUGAAGGCCCCUUUCAAACUUAUAAACAUAAACUCAAAUAUGAAUUGAACUAUAAUAGUA